CCUAUCUGUUCACGCUCUCUGUCAUCAUGGCUCCGGCAGCGGACAGGCCGGGCUACUGGGGAACACCGACCUCAACUCUCGACUGGUGUGAAGAGAAUUAUGUGGUCUCGUAUUACAUCGCAGAAUUCUGGAACACGGUCAGUAACCUGAUAAUGAUCCUCCCUCCUAUUUAUGGAGCCAUUCAGACAUGUAAAGAUGGUUCGGAAGUACGCUAUGUGUGGUCAUUUUUAGGACUUGCUGCUGUUGGCAUUGGUUCAUGGAGCUUUCACAUGACACUACAGUACGAAAUGCAGCUACUGGAUGAGCUUCCAAUGAUCUACAGCUGCUGCAUCUUUGUCUACUGUCUGUACGAAUGCUUCAAGCAAGAACGUGCAGUUAACUAUUUCUCAAUAACACUUUUGCUGACCUUCAGUAUUAUUGUUAGUGUGAUUUACCUCUUGUGGAAAGAGCCUGUCUUUCAUCAGGUCAUGUACGCUUUACUGGUGGCUUUCUUGGUGAUUCGGUCUGUUUUCAUAGUCACAUGGGUCUAUCCGUGGCUUAGAGGGCUCUGCUUUACAUCUUUAAGUGUCUUUCUGUUAGGAUUUUUGUUAUGGAACAUCGAUAAUAUCCUUUGUGACUCUCUAAGAGCCACACGACAACGGCUGCCCCCUGCGAUUGGGGCAGUUACACAGCUUCAUGCCUGGUGGCACAUUCUAACAGGCCUGGGGUCAUAUUUACACAUACUUCUCAGCCUUCAGAUUCGGUCAACCUACCUCAAGCACAGACCAAAAGUGAAGUUUUUAUGUGGCAUUUGGCCCAUGCUGCACAUUGAAUCUCAGAAGGCGAGUUGAAAGGGAAAAGAGAGGAGGAAGAUGGACCAAUCACAGACCUCAUACAGAAAGAGGUCUGGCCAAGUAGCUUCAACGGCAACAGGAAGUAACCAGUGGCUGUCGGUUUGGUUCCCCCAUGCCCUCGUUCCCCUACCGGCUCUGUUUGCCAACUGCAUUUAUUAAAAAGCUGCCAAAUGAAGGAAAGGGUUUUUUUGUUUGUUUGUUUUUUUAUUAUUAUUAUAGAUUAAGUGAGAGGUUUGUAGUGGUCUUGUGAUUUUUGCACAAUGCAACAAUUAUAUAAUUGUCCUAUAAAUAAGAGGGUCUAAUUAGCAGGAAUGAAGCCAAAAAUUGUGGCCAACAUUAUGAUUUUUGCUGAAAAAUUUGAGGGAUAUAAUAUAAUUUUACAGCAUUAUGGUUUUGAUGAAUGAUGUCUAGUCAGUCCUUUCUCUGUCAUAUAACUUAGACCUGAGAUUUGAACACUCUCUAUUAGUGUUUUUUUACUUUGAAAAACAAUCAUGUAAGGAAAUGGAAAAUUGAGUUUUCAAAGGAGAUGGAUUAGUGUGGACAUGACCAAAAACGAGGUGGUAAGUUUAGCAACCUUAUCAUAUCAGUUAUUACACAAAUUCAUAUUCUGUACUGAAUGUAUUAACACUAAGGUGGUGAAAUUAUACUACAUAAUGGUAGCGUAAACUAUAUAUGUCACUCUACAUUUAUAGAUGAUGAUGGCCAGUUUAAACAGAUCAGAAAAUGUAAUGGGAGGUAAUGCAUUUGGACAAGAGUGCGAUCCUCAUUUCAUCCUGGAAAAUCCACUGGAAUUUUUGGCAAUGAGUUUCAUGCAGUAAUGUUAAUGACAUAUGGUAAUUUUAUUGUGUGUUUUCAGAGAUAGCAUGUGUUUUAUGUCCUGUUUCUUUAAACAAGCAACAACAUUUGGUAGCAUGUUACAUAAGUGUCCAUGUUACAUAAAGUACAUAUUAAAGAGCAGCUAUUAUGGUUUUUAAACGUGCCUAAUUUUGUUUUAAAGGUCUCAUACAAUAGAUUUACAUGCAUCCAAGGUCAAAAAACACUUUAAUCUGCUCAUAAUUUAAAUUGCAGCAUUACUUUUUUUCCCCAGUGUCAAAAAUGACUCGUUCUAAAGGAUUCAUUCUAAACUCCUCCUUUCAGAGAGCCUACUCUGCUCUGAUUGGUCAGAUGUCCUAAUCUGUUGUGAUUGGUCUACCGCUUAGUGUAGUGUUUGAGGGCGGGUCAAAGCUGUUCGCGAGCAGCCAGUGAAGACCAGAGGUGGGUUUUUUGUUACCAAAUUACGUAGGUUAGUACAGGAAGUAAGUCUGGAAUUACUAACGACUCGUUUCAGGUGUUCAGAAUCGGUUCAUUCUUUUGGGAGUCAAUGGCUGUGUCUCGUUUGGAAGGCUGCAUGCUAGGUAGGACGCGUCCUGUGAAGACUGCAGUAUACAGAGUGUCCUCUUUUAAACAAGCCUCGUUUAAACGAGACGGCCUCCAUAGGACAAACGGAACGUAUCGUGGUUGCUAUGACAGCACGCCACUCUUUAACAAGCGCGAACGCUUUGAGUGAGAAGGGAACAAAGUCCCUUUAGAAGGGAAUGCAUGAGGUACAUUUUAGGAGAGUUAUGAUGUAAAGAGAAAAGAAAAUAGAUUUUACAGUUGUACUUUUAGUCUAAUACUUUAUUUUAAUUAUAUAUGAAAAUAAUUAUAUAUAUUAUAUACUCUGCACCCAUCUACUGAGGUACUUCAACUUGGGAAUUAACAUUCCUUGCAUUUGAACAUAAUAUUUACGAGCAAAUUGGCGUCAUUUCUUUAGACAUUUCUGUUGAAGCAAAGAAUUGUGGGUUGUGAGUGCCCACGAAGGAUACACCUCAUGCAUCCUUCGAAUUCCCGUGAAAGAAGGUCGCAUUCGAAGGCUGCAUUCGAAGUGUCCUACUCGCUUUUAUGAAACGAGACAGUCUCGAUUACUAAUGCGACCGACAAAUGUGACCUCCAGAGGUUGCAUCCUUCCAAACGAGACACAGCGAAUAACUCCAUUUGUUGUGCACUUUGAUUUUUGAAACUUUGCAGACUUUUUUACAUUCACAAACAGCUAUAUAACACACUACAUGAAAGGUAAUAUUUGAAAAACCAUAAUAGGUGCUCUUUAAUAUAAUUAGUUACAGCAGGGUUAAUUAACAAUAGCCGCAAACAGUUCCAUAAUCUAAAGUACAUCUUGUUCAUAAAUAACUGCUCAGUACAUACAUUGUAACAUGAACACUAUUGUUAAGUGUGACCCAGUAUUUGCCCCUUAAACAUUUGAAGCCACUCGUGCCAUCAAUAUGCAAUGGGAUUAUUUUAUUUAUUCUAAAUUAAGGGAUAUUGGUUGUGAUAUGACAAAAGUGUUAACAGGAACAGGUUUUUGUCCUUUUAUGAAGGAGUUAUCAUGUGUGUAAAUUAACACUGAGCUGCUGAGAUAACAAGAUACUCAAAUGCUUUAAUUGGUGUUGCUCAUUUAAAAGUGCAUGCAUUUAAAUAAAAACCUUAUUAUCAUGAGUAAA